AGAAAAGCCAGACCGCUUGGGAAUUGUCCCCGGGGUCCACAGAAACUCAAGGCUGAGGUGGAAAGGUGUCUUCUACCUGCCCAGGGCCCUGGAGAGAAAGUGCGUACCACUGGGAGGCCCGUCGCCGGCAGAUGGCUUUGGACCGGAGGAGGUGGCUGAUGGCCCGGCAGCAGCAGCAGCAAGAGCAGGAACUGAAGAAACUCCAAGAAGAGGAACGGCAAUCUGAAAAAAAACCCCAGCCAUCUCGGGAGUCGCCGCAGGAGUCGCAGCCACCGCCGGCGCCAUCACAGUCGCCACCCGCGCAGCCGCAGCCGCAGCCGCAGCCUCCGCAGGUACCCGAGCGGCCGCCGCCGCCGCCGCCGCCGCCUCAGCCUCAGCCAAAGCCACAAAAUGCCCAAGACCCUCUUACUCAGCGCACCUCCCGGUACAUUCUCCAGGAUUGCCAAAGGCCAGGCCCCCACAAGGACCGAUUCCAAGGAGGGGUGAUGAACCCUCAAGGUCCAGUCAACGAAUUACAUCCAGCAGUGGUGAUUCAGAGACAGACCCCGCCCCCCCGCCAAGACCCCACUGGCCAUCAGCAAACAUCAGAUGAGCAGCCCCACCUUCUUACCUCCCAGCAACAUCUCCACUUCAAAAGCCAACCCCUCCUGAUCCACUCUGGCGGGGGAGGCUAGCUGGGAAUAACACGUGAUCUCUUCCCGGAAAGAAUCAAGACCCUGGCUGGGCUCCCUGAGACCGAGAUGAGGGGGAGGGGGCAGGAAGACCCACGAAGAGGAUGGAGACGGUGCGAGAAGAAAGUGGAGGGCGAUUCCAUGCUUCUCCAGGCAAAGCCAAUGGGAGAACUUGGCCUUGGGCCCCCCCCCCCCCCCAGGUCUACAGCUCCACCACUGGCCCUUAUGUAGCAGCGAUAGGCCUGCUGGGGGCUCAGGUUUAUGACUCUCACUGGAGCCACCAGCCCGUCCUCCUGGCCGACGCUUAUUGAGAUGCAUCUGGGGAAGCGGGGGUUGCGUCACACCAGAGCGGACCUGGGACCUGGGGCAGCAUCAGGAAGAAGUGGCAGGCAGGGGCCUCCCCCAAGUCCGGUGUCACGCCUGGUCCACUGUGGGCACUCCGCUGUUGAACGGACGAUGGUUGGAAGGGAUGGAGAGAAAGAACUCAGAGGAAAGGAGGACUGCAGCCUCAGGCCCGGGACACCGGACCUUGGGAAGAGGGGGACUCGCCCCCGCAAAUCCACAGGCCUCUUCCUCCCUGGGUCUCGGCCUUUCCAUGUAGCGGAGACUUCCAUGUAGCGGAGACAACCGAGAGGCUCUGGAGGCCCCAGGCACCCCCCUCACCACUUCCUGAAACUGACACCUGGGGUCCCCCAGCCCCGCUCCCUCUUCCACUCUUGACUGGUCAGGGGGGAGCCUGGGUCCUUUCACUGCUGCAGCAUCGCCUUUGGGUGAGACUGAAGGCGCCUCUCAGCGCAGCGUUUCCUGAGAGGAGCAGUUGGGGGAGGCGAAGGAGCGGGGGCGCACAGGAACGGGAGCGUGAACGUUGGGAGGGACUCAGAGAUGCACAACGAGGGAAAGGGAGAGGGCGAGCUCCCCGGGAGCAGUCUCCCAGAAGGCACGGAGGCCGGGCGUGUUCCCGAGGGGCUCAGGGACCGGGGAAGAGACCCUGAGGCCCACUCGGAUAUUAAGAAACAGGCUGUGAGAUGGGGAGCGUCCACCAGCUCCCUUCCCACUCACAGGAGCCUUUUAUUUUCCUUUCUUAAACAUCGUUAAGCACCGUUUAUUGACUCCAAUAUAAGUCCGUUACAUUUGGCGAACUCCACCCGGCGUGAGCUCCAGCCCGGCCCUCGCGGACUUCCGUGCUCUUACCAGCGCCACCUCGACGCCAGUUACCCAGGCGCGGAAGCGCGCAGACAGCACCAACUCCUUCCUUCCCCUCAUCCCCCCGGCCGGCUCCUCACCCGGUUCUGGCCCCACGUCCCCUUCUCCGGUCCUUCCUACUGCAAACUCAGCUUUCCCUGCUACUCAAGCUCACCUCUCUGCCUGUCUGAGUGAUGGAAACCGUAACCGUCUUUGGUGAGCAAACACAAUUCCUGCUCGCCUAAAGAACCCGGGGGGUUGCCUGGGGCUUCGCGUCGUCUGAGUGACAGCAAAGAGGGGACGGCCUAGACCAGUCCCGACGGAUACGCAGCUCCGGACUGUCAUCAGUGCCCGAAGGAGAGCACAGGCCUCUGGGAGCAGAGGGUGCCCUGGGGCUAGGCUGGGGGUGCAGCGGAACCCAGCAGUUCGGCUUCACCUCUGCAGGUUUCCAGCGGGAGAGCAGCUGCACCCACCGUUUGACCUGCCUGUGUCCACUCACAUGGGCUCAGGCUUGUGGCCUCCUUCGAUAAAAACCUUUUAAAAUGA